CAGAGAAGGGGAUGUUUUAAUUCCUGACAUUUGAUAUAUCAGUAGCCCUCGAUGUGUGGUGAAAUUAAUGGCUGCAUGCUGCAUGUUCUUUCUGGUUGUGUUCUCUCUAGUACAUGGUCAUCAAGUGCUGCUAGUUUCUCAAGCUGGACGGAUGAGUUCUCAGAGCAGUGGGAGCAGUACCAGGAGCUUCCACUUCUCUCCAUAGUAGUGGAUGAUUCAGUUGCACUACUGGCCAAUGAUGAUGAUGAAGAACUGAGAGAUAAUGAUGGGCUCUUUGGUCCCCUAACAAGUGUGCUUCACGCGGAUUGCUUCUUAUGGAAGCUGGAGCAAAACCAGCAGCACCCACUUGCUUCCAGAGCAGCAUAUAAUUCAGUCCUGCUACUGGCAAGUGAUGAUGAAGAGGAAGGAAGAAACAGCAAUAGUACAUGGUCAUCAAGUGCUGCUAGUUUCUCAAGCUGGACGGAUGAGUUCUCAGAGCUUCUUGAAGAGUGUGAACAACAAAGAAGCCUGUCAGACAGCUCUGUAUGGAGUAAUGAUGAUGGAGAUGAAGCAACAGAUAGUGAUGUGUCUGUGACUGAUUCUGCAUCUGAAGAAGAGGAUUCAUCAGAAGAGGACACGGAAAGUUCAGAUGCUUGGCCAGCAGCUACUAUUAGGUGCCCGAUCUGCAUGGAUUUUUACCCACAGAUUAUGCGAAGUGGACGAAUGGUUUUGUCAACACUGUGUGGCCAUAUCUUUUGCAGUCAGUGCCUUCCUGUUGCCCUUCAGACUGGCAGCUUUUGCCCAACCUGCAGGGAAGACCUCACUCCAGAAGAAUACCAUCCCAUUUAUAUAUAAGUAGUUCUAUUUUUCAAGACAGACUUAGAUAGAUUUUGGAGGGAUAGGUGGUAUAAAGAGGUUUUUUUCCUUGUGUAUAUAGUUUUUGUUGU